AUUAUUUUUUUUUUAAAUGUGUUUAAUUAAAAUUAGAAUAAAAAUAAUUUAUACCGGCAUUUGACAAGCAACAUAACCUCCAGAUCAUAAAUCAUAAUAAUUAGACACCAACAACGAUAACGUUGUUUUUUUUUGUCGAAAAAAAAAUAAAUAACAACAAAACAUUUAAACAAUAAUAAACACAUCAUGUCGCAACAAAAUAUUGAUCCAAACAAGGAAAAAAAGAGGAAAGAAAGUAUCUUGGAUUUAUCAAAAUAUUUAGAAAAAAAUAUAAGAGUUAAAUUUGCUGGUGGACGUGAAGCAGCAGGUAUCCUCAAGGGUUAUGAUCCUCUUCUUAAUUUGGUUCUUGACAGUACAACAGAAUACCUCAGAGAUCCAGAUGAUCCAUACAAGUUGAAUCAAGACACAAGACAAUUGGGAUUAGUUGUUUGCAGAGGUACAUCUGUUGUCUUAAUUUGUCCAGUUGAUGGAAUGGAAUCAAUACAAAAUCCAUUUAUCCAACAAGACAGCUAAGUUAAAAUAAUUAUCUUCAAAUACAUAAUAAUAAUAUCAAUAGAAAAAUAUUGUUUAAAAUGUCAGGGAUAUUUUUUUUUUC